UGGAUUAAUAGUUCAUUCAUUUCACGUUUCUGGCCUUCAAUGCAUCGGUCUGCCGUUAUUGGUUCAAGCAGGUUUCGAUCUGCCGCGCAGUAGAGAGACAUGGAGGUAGACCCUCGAGGAUCCCACCCACCGCUAUCCUCACGGUCGAAUCCGAAUCUCCUCCAAUCCUCACGAACCGACUCUUUCAAAACCCAGAAACCCCCCAAGACCGCCGCUCGAGAUUCGAGGUUACGAAAAUCACCGCAGCUAGGCAAACUUGGGGGAUCGAAGAUACGAAUACCUGGUUUGACUAGUUCGAAGCCAUUAGUGCCGGCAGGGGAGAGGAGAUCUGGUGGUCAUGAUGGGAUAAAGGCCAAGGGGGAAGCUGAUGGCGAAAAAUGGAAUAUUGCACCAGACGGAGGGUCGGCCGGAAGAGAAGGAAGACAUUUUACUGUAGCCAACGUGGGCAAUAAUGGGCAGAUAUUCUUGAGACCUACGAUACGGCCGGCGAACCAACGAUUUCCCCAACCUAACUUCGUAUUCCCAGCUACGCCGCCGAGCACCGCGGGUUUAGACUCUUUGGCUCAGAAUAAGACGGCGCAAGACGAGAACAGCGAACUACACAGCGGUCAAUGGACUCCUACUCCUGCGACUGAGUCACCGUCUCCAGGGGUUGUGAGGAAAAAGGCUUAUUUCGACUUGAAGGCUACUAAAAAUCGGAGUCGCCGCGCACUAUCCGAUUCGACUGCCCAAGAUGCAAGUAUCGCACAAGAGGGAGAAGCUGGAGUUUUCAAGGUCGUAAUAUCAAAGCCGCAGGACGAACCAAGAGCGAAGACAGCUGAAGAUGUAGGCCGGGAUCAGGGCCCGCUCCUGCAAGUUUCUAUCCCUUCGUGGAAGCUGGGCACACCGAGAUUUACUCUCAGGGGGACGCCACUUAUUCGAGGCUCAUCAUAUGCCCCCACCGAAGAUAUCCGCUCGAGCACCGCCUCUUUCUUUCGACCACCAAUACGUGAUAUAAACUCGCUCCAUCCAGAAUCGAUAGACACCGCAAGACAGCGAUCGUGCUCUACACCACACAUCUUGCUGCAGUCGCCUGGUUUGCUAAGUCCCGUUACUAUUCCCACACCGCGAUUUCCCGGCCCUCCUGUGCGAUCGACAUACCUUUCAACACACUUAGUCAUCGAACCCUCCAUGUUCGACUCACUCACUUUCAAACCCGUUUGUGAUGAUCGUUCCAUUGUGCGGUAUUCGCCCGCUACGAAUGCCGUGACCGCUGCCACGCCGCCACGGCUAGUCGCUGAAAUCACAUCUCCUAGCUUUUUGGAUUACGAACUGAUCUCCGAUUUCUUCCUCACCUUCCGCGGUUUUCUCGAAACGCAGGAUUUACUUCGAAUGCUGAUUUCUAGACUUCGAUGGGCCGUAUCGCGAGAUGACGAGACGGGAAUGGUUGUGAGAGUUAGGACAUUCGUUGCGAUGAGACAUUGGAUCCUGAAUUAUUUCGUCGAUGACUUUGUUGUAGAUUAUCAUCUGCGCGUGAUGUUCUGCAACCUUGUAAACGACUUUGUCGAGGAGCUCUCCCAAGACGAGCGCGGUCGAAAGGUGCAGCUGAAGAUCCUGGCGGAGCUGAAGAAGUGUUGGAGACGAGUCUGCGCACAGUUUUGGGAUGGUCCGGAGUUCGAUUCGUCUUUGGGACCUGAUAUUCCAAUUGCUCCAGGCGGAAUUGCCGGCCAUCGAGAUCCGAGCUUAGAUCCUAGUUUCUGGGAAACUGAUUCCGAAGGGGCGCCACAUCUAUACGGCAUCCAACUCCCGGAAAACGACGCGCUGCCCAAAGAUGAAUUCUACACGGAUAUGUCAAAAGCGGGACAUAUCGAUUCGAUCUUGCUUGGUGGAGUACGGCCUGAUACCCCCGAGGAAGAGCGGCCACCUACUGAAUUAGAGAGGAGGCAAACCUCGCCGACAAGCAUUGCGAGUCUCGAUGUAGUGUCAUGCUCAUUUCCGACGAAGGGGUUCCGGAUUGGUAAUUCGAAUGUUAGUUCUGCCUUCGCCGCUCAUCCUGCUGAUCCUAGCUCUAUAUAUACCAACGUGGAUCCUGUUGCUGCUACCCCACGCGCUUUAACUGGGAAGCGUGUCAGGCCUCAUACCUCUCAUAAACGAAACAACAGUCUCACAGAUUCUCUCCGAGAGCAUGGUUCAGUAACAGAAAAGGUCCUCUACAAGAACGCAGAGUUCCUCUUAACCUUGCCGUAUGCUGGUAGCCUCGUCCGGGGGAAUUUGUUGCCUCCUGGCCAAGCUUUUGUCGAAGUGGAAUCCCCGAAUUCGUGGGGAACAACACGUCAAACCACCGUUUUUCAACCGCACCCUAUCGAACAGCCAAAGGAGAAAAGUUCUGGAUCGGCGAUGUCGGGCCAAGGGAUGAGAAAGUUGAUUGGUGGUGUCCGGAGAGCUCUUAGUACCAGGGAUCCAGGAAUAUCGUCAAAUCAGAGUAAUUUUAUCGACAUCGCACCGAUUGGACCUCGAGGCGCUACUACGAAUAGACUUCCAGGAACAGCGGUUGUGCCACAAGCGCGUCCACCUCGCCCAAAUGGUGCCCGUGCUCCCAUACGUAUUGACGUUUUAGGUGCUACGAGCGCUGAGGAUUUCAAGAUGGCCGUGCGAGAGGACGCUAUCGGUGGGGCUAUGUCGUAUGGUAGUCAACCCGAAGAUGCCGAAGACGCUGAAGAUGCUAUCGAAUAUUCGCCCGCUCAUCUGGACUCUUCGUUUGAAUUGAGGCCUGCUAGCGAUGCCGGCAUUACCGCGGGAAGCAAAUCCAUCGUUAUUGUCGACGGGACCUUACCCGGAGGAUAUCCGCUGACUGGCGCUUUGACGGCUUGGAACCCGUCCGUGGAAGCUUUUGCGGAGAGCAUGAUGCGUGCUGGUGGUGCUGACUUAACGCCGCCAACUACACCACCAGGGCAGGCCGUGCGUGGAGGCACUCCCAGAAGAUCCUCGUAUCUUUUAGGUCAGCACGUUUUCAGACCCUCAGCAUCGGCCGACCCAUUGCCGCCAUUUGUUCCGGGUUUAGACACAUUAGGCCCAGGACGUACAUCAGAGGAUACAGAUCAUAAUGCCAAUGCCCGUCCGUCACUUAGUAUCAAGCAAUCGCCACGGAAACCUCCAUUAAGCUACAUAAGACGGCAUCAACGCCAACAAUCGAGCCGUAGCUAUCGGUCAAGAGGCUCCAUAGCUCAUCGGCGAUUCACAUCCUUUCAAAGUGGUAUCGCAGCACGAUCUACGGUAAGGAGUUUCGAUGCGACGACGUAUUCGGAAGGUUCCGUGGUUUCGGAGGUCAUGCCACCACCGUUAAGAACACUUCGAAGACGACCGGGCGGAGACCUAAGGGGUGUGACAAACGUCCAUGAUCUAGACGCUGCGCCUCUUCAUAGAUCACGGUCGGUGGGCUCACUUACUACCUAUACGGACUCUAUUAGGAGUUCUUACCUACUUAGCCCCGUUAGAGGUUCGAGCGGUUUUGUCGAUGUCGUUAGUAGCGAUUAUUCACAAAAACGUGGCGAAGUCUUCUCUCUAGGAGCUAUGGCAGAGCAGGCACCGAAACAUCCGGUAUCUCUAUUUAGUACGCAUUCGUCGAAACCAAUUAUGCGGCCAUCCUUUGAAGCCGAAGCACAGAAGCUUGCCCAAAUUCCGGAUGACGACGACGAUGGUGGAGUUGAGUCGGCACUUUUGAAAUUAGAGGGCAAAUACGAAAGGAAGAUUGCCAAACUUUCGAUGGAACCGUCGAAGAUACCCCAGAACAAUCUUGAAGAUCUUAAGGAUAGGCAUGCCACCACCCCCGAAAUAGAACAAGUCAAGGAAGAGAAACGGAAGCAUAGGCAUCAACACCUUGGUGAUGAUGAAGCUCAAGUCGUAUCGCCAAUGGAGGAAAACUUCGAUAUACCGCCAUCUAAUGGUUCACAUUUCCCUCGCGCCUCUGAAGCUAUCUCAUUCUUGUCAGAUGAUUCGAGGGAAACUUAUAAUUCAAUUCCUUUGCUUGACCGAGGAUUGACAGACGAUGGGCGUAGCAAGACAGCAACCCGAGAGUGGACGGAUCAGUCGGUCCUGAUAGGAUCGGAAACGCCAGGGGAAGAGGCAGAAAGCGCAGUGGCUAGCUCCUCGUUGCACCCAUCUUAUGAAUUCGUGCAGAAAACCGAGAGUAUCAACAAGAUCAAACCAGGAGCAACGGCGCCAGAGGAUCCCACGUUUUUGGAUGUAGACAGCGACAACGAUUCGGCACUAUCAUCCGAAAUCUCCGGUGACAUGCCUGAUACUGAUGACUACAUAUUUGGGGAGCCACGUUCGCCCAAGAGGCCUAGUCCAAUCGAUACUGGGGCAUCAUUUGAUUCCGAAGUCGGUCCUAGAGACAAACCUCCUUCUCCCCCAAUGACCUCGCCUCAAGCUUCUAGGACAUCGCCCGAAAUUGAUCAAGUUCCACAGCUUCAUGAUCACCAAUUGUGGGCCCAGAAGCCACUACCGCCUACUCCAGAUACGACACCUACCACCGCCAUGUAUCAACGUGGGACGGACUCUCCUAGAGAUCCGACCGGUACUGAAGAGGCACUGCGUAAUGCACCCAGAUUAUCCGGCGAGGAAGGUCGAAAACAUUCAGCCCAUCUACCUUUCAUACUCGCAUUCGAUUCCGAAAUCCUCGCUCAGCAGUUCACGCUCAUUGAGAAGGAUGCUUUAAAUGAAGUUGACUGGAGAGAGCUGAUUGAAAUGCGAUGGAAGAAUGCCAACAACGACUCACGAUCAUGGGUCGAUUUUCUCCGGAAUACUGAUGCUCAUGGUGUCGAGGUUGUCAUCGCCCGAUUUAAUAUCAUGGUCAAGUGGGCAAUUUCCGAAAUUGUGCUUACUCAAGAUAUAGAAGAGAGAGCUCGUUGCAUCAUUAAGUUCCUUCAUAUCGCCGCCCAUUGUAGGACGUAUCGCAACUUCGCUACAAUGAGCCAGAUCGCCAUCGCCUUGACGUCGAACGAAGUAGCAAGACUAGCCCGAACCUGGGCGAUGGUUCCACCUGCCGAUUUAAAGACUAUGAAGGAUCUCGAGACUCUAGUUUCACCUACAAAGAACUUCUACAAUCUGCGAGCUGAGAUGGAAGGUGGUGGUAAUGCUGCCGAUACUCGAUGCAUUCCUUUUGUAGGUAUCUACAUCCAUGACUUACUCUUCAACUCGCAACGACCAUCCGAGAUUGCGAGUUCGCCGACUACUGCCCCUCUGGUCAAUUUCGAGCGUUGCCGGAUCGCCGCGUCAGUUGUAAAGACUUUACUACGCCUACUCGAAGCUAGCACCCAUUAUCAGUUCCAACCAAUCGAAGGUAUUACCGAACGUUGUCUCUGGAUGAGUGCCCUCAGCGAUGAAGAGAUCCGAAAGCAGUCCGAGAGUCUAGAAUAGACUAGAAAAUGCGGUCCAUCCGUGGUCGGUUUUAGUCACCUAAUCCACUUGUCGAUACAGAUCGACAUGUAAUCUGUACAUCAUGCAUGCGUCUAUGACCGACCUCACCAUCGCUCACAUACCCUAUUUCAUUUAGUAUCAACCAUCAUUAUAGACGAU